CAAAGGGCGUAGGGUACUGACAGUCAAAGACUGGGAAAGUGGAUACACAGUACAUCCAAGGGGCGUAGGGUACUGACAGUCAAAGCCUGGGCAAGUGGAUAUUUAGUACAUCCAAAGGGCGUAGGGUACUGACAGUCAAAGCCUGGGAAAGUGGACAUAUAACACAUCCAAAGGGCGUAGGGUACUGACAGUCAAAGCGUGGAAAGUGGAUAUUUAGUACAUCCAAAGGGCGUAGGGUACUGACAGUCAAAGCGUGGAAAGUGGAUAUUUAGUACAUCCAAAGGGCGUAGGGUACUGACAGUCAAACGUGGGAAAGGACCUGCCAAACAGUAUAAUAUACGCACUUAUCGGAAGUACCUGUCAAUCACCACAUAUGUUUUACGUCUUCUUACAUAUUUACGUUUUACAAUAUCUGCCUCAAGGGGCCACGCCACCGGAAACAUAACCGACAAUUAUACGUCUUGUGGCCACGCCUACUAAACAUUUACAUAAUCAUAUAAAAUGCGCUCAAAAAGAUGAUCUUGACAUGCAGAUAACGCCACACCAUAUAAUCGAAAAUACAAUUCAAAGCCACGUCAAACCAAACUCAAUCACCACUGUAACAGCUGGUGUACGUUUAUUUAAUCUACAAGAAAAACAUUUUAUUCGGAUGUGCAUUAGAAUACUAUGACCCCCACCACUAUAUUCUCUACAUUAUAAUUUUACACAAGGAUUUGUAGAACACAUUACUGUGGAGAUUCGAUUUUUGGGCAACAGCUUCACACUUCUGCCAAGCUGACUAUGUACGUAAUACAUUAAACACGACUGGGGAUCUGGGGACACUUGAUACCUGCUGGGUAAUCGAUUCUCCCUGGAGUAUCACUGACGAAAGCGGUUGGCUUUUUUGGUUAUGCAGUGUCAGUUUACAUAUUGUGUUGGGUAAAAGCUGACAUGUUUUGCUAUUCUUCAAAUGUUAAGCGAUGAGAAUAACUUGUCGAAAAUGUUUUCUCAUCGUUUUGUUAAGUUUCUUGUCAAUACUGAUGUAUUUACGGUCUAGUACUAGAAGUAGCUAUAAUAUUUAUCGACCUCGGUUAGCUGAACAUAGGGCAGACAAGUGGUUGAGUGAACAUCAUGAAAACCACCAAGCAGCUCGCGCCAACCUGACGAACUCCAUACAAAGAAAGGACACUUUUGACAACACACACAACUCUUCCGACUGCAGAACAGGCAUCCGAUUUUCCUAUGUACCCCUUUCUCUGACGGCACUGGCAAGUUUUCCCGGGACAGGCAAUACCUGGGUAAGGCACCUCAUCGAGCGAAUGACAGGGCUUGCAACAGGCUCCGUCCAUCAUGACAGAUCCUUGCUGGAUGUGUUCUGCGGAGAAGAGCGAGCUGACCAUUCCGUUGUGGCUAUCAAGACACACCUGAGAUAUCCCGACAACACCUUUACACCUGACAAGGUGCUGCUGAUCAUCAGAAACCCAUACCACGCCAUUGUCGCCAACUUCAACAGGGUAUUCUCGGGACAACACACAGGCACUGCACCUAUAAAGGCCUGGCAGAAAUAUUGGGAGUCUGAAAGCAGCCGUUUCCGACGUGCCUGGCUUCCGUUCUACAGGUCGUGGUUGCAGGCGGACCACGUGAUGCCGAUAGUCUACGAGAAUAUCCAGGCUAACCUGGAGAAAGAGCUGGCUCGUAUUCUGUCGUUUCUUGGCGUGGUCGGAGAUGUCAGGCGUGCUGUUGUUGACCCAGAAGGGAGCUUCCAUAGGCAACCUAUUAAGUUUGCGUCGUCACUCCAGCAGUAUACAGUAUCUCAGAGGCGGCGCGUCAACAGAAUCAUUGACCACACCCAAACCAUUUUCUCGAAAACAUUCUCAUACGAAAGCUAUAGUUACAAUUUGACAGAGUGGAAAUUAUGAAAGAUGUCAAUUUUAUCCUGAAUUUGGAAAAUAUUCGAUUGUGUAUAGUCAAUAAGAAGUUUGAGUUCACAAUAAAAACCUCUGAUUGAAAUA